ACGGCGAAGUCAUGGCGGCGGCGAACGAGAAUUCGACGGAGGCAGAGCCACAGUACCUUCAUGUACUCUCUGCAUUCCUCGCAAUGGAACCGGUGGACUCAGUGAUUGCUCUCGCGAGAAAGUGUUCAGGAGGAUCAUUUACAGAGAGCAUCCAGAGGCUUCUCUGGGAGACUUGUGUUCAAGCUGCUGCUAAUGGUAACUCAUCAUACGCGAAAAGGUUACUGAAGAAACUUAUAAAUGAAGUUGAGUUGAAGAAAGGUGAAGUGUUGGAUGAAGUGUAUGAAGAGUAUGCUCUUCACAUGUCAACAGCUUCUAAGGAGGAUGCAUUGGUGAAAGAAAACAUAAGGAUCACCAAGUUCAUCUCUUUUCUUUUCCCAGAAGUAGGUUUAUACAAACAUCCAAGCUGUCCAAGUUCAAGGAAAUUAGUUGUUCCGCUUCAGUGUUCAUUGAACAUGCUUGAAGGAGAUACCGGGUGUUCAAUCUGGCCCUCGAGCUUGUUUUUGUCAGAGUUUGUUCUGUCAUAUCCAGAGUUAUUCACUGAUAAAUCCUGUUUUGAGGUUGGUUCUGGAGUUGGUUUGGUCGGAAUUUGUCUUGCACAUGUAAAGGCAAAGAAGGUGAUACUAACAGACGGAGAUCUCUUAACUCUGUCUAACAUGAAGCUUAAUUUGGAGAGGAAUCACUUAAACUAUGAUGACAAGCUGCUCAAACAACCCGGAGAAGCUGAGAAUACACAGCGAGUUAAAUGUAUUCAUCUCCCAUGGGAAACUGCAUCAGAUAGUGAAGUGAGCGAGUAUCGUCCAGAUAUUGUUCUAGGCGCAGAUGUAAUCUAUGAUCCGGCAUGUUUCCCUCACUUACUUCGUGUUCUAGUAGCACUUUUAAGAAGACCAAUUAAAAGAGACAAUGGCUCUUUCGAGACUGAAAAUAGAGCCACAACACUGCAAGGACGCAGCCCUGCAGUGGCUUAUAUCGCAUCUGUGAUCCGCAAUGCAGACACUUUCAAUGCGUUCUUGACACUUGUGGAUCAAAUGAACCUUUCUAUCACAGACUUGACGGAAGAACUUAAACCUCCGUAUGAGCUUUUACCUUAUAUGCAUUCGUAUGACCGCUCAAAAGUCCGGCUCUUCUCCAUAUCCUCCAGAUAAUGAGUUUAAGCAUUUUAGUUUCUUUACAAUUGAAAUUACAGAUUCUUUGAAACUUGUUCGAAUAUGGUAGUUGGUUGAUCAGGUCAAAGGUUUGGUGGUUUAUAAAUCGUAUUGAGCGUUUCAUCUGGUUGCGGUUGCAGAUCAGAUCAAGGCUUUCUAAAACACUAUCACUGCGUGUUACUACAAAACGCUAGAGUUUUUAUUUGAGGAAAACUUAUCAUCUUGUGAUCUUCUACAUAUGUUUAUUUAUUCUGUUCAUUGAGACUGAGACUGUGACAGUGAUCUGAUGUCAUUGUCGAUAUCAAUUAUUUGAUUUAGUGGUUAUACAGAAG